AUUUAUAUCAGAGUUUAAUACAAUAUUUAAGAAUUCCUGUAAUUGAGGUAGGUUUUCUUUUACGCGUAGUACUUCCGUUGGUGAAAAAAGGAUUAAAGCAUAACACCGUAACACGUUCUUCUGUGCAUCUGCCUGUGCAUGCUAAUUUAAUAUAUCAUAAAUACUGGAAAUAUUUUAUGAUAUUUGUAAAAAACCUUUUUACUAUAUUAAGGAAGAUUUGACUCCAUCUAUUUCUAACGAAUAAAAAAAAAGUUUCAAGAUGGCUACAUCUCUUGCGAGACAAUUAAAACAAUUAAGAGCCCCUCAAACAGGAAUACUGCAUCAAGAUAAAAAACAUGCAAGCUUGUUAUUUGAUCCCGGAGAAGCUGCUAAUUUAGACAGAGAGACAGUUCUAAGCAUAGGUCAAAAUGGAUUGCAAGAGUUGAUUAAGUUAUCAGACGUAUUUUUAGAAUUUGAACAUACUCUUUUUGCACAAAGUUCAUUGAAUCUCGAACGUGCUGUGCAAGAUGUUAAAGUUAAUAAGAAGUUAGAUAGACAGAUUGAAAAGUUUCUUAUCCUUUUAUCUCCUUACUUCUUGCUUAAUAAUGCUCAUAAAACUCUUGAAUGGUUAAUACGUAGGUUUCACAUAGAAGAAUUUAAUAGAGAUCAAUUUUUGCUUUUAAUAUUACCUUAUCACGAAACUCGAAUGUUUGCAAGAGCUUUACAACUAUUAAAUCUAUCUGAUGAUGUUGAUAACUGGCACUGGUUACAACCCCUUCAAAAGCCAGGUGUUCCCUUAGCUACAAUAACAUUAGUCAAUCGUCUUAGUUCUGAUAAUGCUUUAUUAAAGUUAAUUUGCAAUCACGUAAUUACCGCUACUAAUACAUAUUCAGAACGGGCGUCUUCUUUAAGUACUUUGUAUGCAUUUUACACAACUUCAAUAUUAGGAAUUAUCGAUCAAUUAUCUGGAAUUUCCGAAAUACAAAUGGGUCAUAUGUUACCAGCUAUUUUAAAAGGUUUAGGAAGUUCCAUCUCCGAUUUCGUAGCCAGCAGUUACAUGAUCUUAGCAAAACUGACGUUCAAAGAGAAACUAAAUGACAUAACUAUGGAAAAAUUACUUCUGAAGAUAUUUAAGAAAACGUAUCUAAAAGAGGAAGCAUUGCACCUGUUAUUCUUCUUGUACAAUGUACCAAUUCAUCAACCUACUACAGUUCCAAAAAGUCUUGCUACUCGACUAUCAGAAUUGUCCUGGUUCAUCGAGCUCGCAAUCAAGCUUCAAUCCUCUAAUGUGAACAUACUAAAAUUCAUUGUAUCAUUACUACAAACAAGUUGUCGCAUGAUUUUGGACAGUCCAUCAGAAACAGUUCGAAUACAGAAUAUGGUGAAUGAGAUAUUGUCACGAAUAAAGCUGGAUGAUAUUGGAGUGGACACCAUUUUGUGGAAUGUAUUGCAGAAGGAGUUUCUUUCAACCGACAUGAAAAACGAAGCUAGAGAAUUUCUAAUAAGAUUGUAUCAUACUCUUGAAAGAACGUAUCCUGAAAGAUUCGAUGAUUACUUGAAAGGAUUGAUGAAACGCAGCGAAACGGACAAAGAUUCCAAACUGGCAUUGGAAUUCGUCACAUCGUGGCAUUUUGGAGCCAAGGACACGCAAGAAGUUGUCGGUAUACUUGACAAAUUGAUUCACAUCAAUCCAGUACAGAGAAUUGUAGCGUUGGAAAUGUUGGCGGAUUCCGAUGUGAAUAUUCCUGAAAGUUUCCAGGAGAUGAUGACAACCACGAUACAAUCCAGAUUUAGUGACACAGAAGUAAAUGUAAUCAAAGCUUUGCUCUCUAUUUCUACGAAACGCCUAACAAGUCUUCUAUCUGCAGAUAUAUUGAUUGAUGAGCUGAAAAUAUUACUAUCGACUUGUCACACCAGCCAUAGGAAAAUACUAGCGAAACCAGCUUUGAAAAUCCUAUUAGAACUUUGUAAAGUCGGAGAUGAUACUAGCGUAUUCAUUACAUCAUUGCCAUAUUUAUUCCCAAAUGACGACGCAGACGUGGAUAUCGCGAUGGAAGUAUUAGAAUCAAACUUUGCUAAGAACAAUAUUUAUAUGCAACACGUGCAGAAGGAUCUAGGAAAAUUACCGAACGCAGAGGCGGUUUCAUCGGCAUCUUUUCAUAAUAUAUUAAACUGGGAAUUGCUGCCGCCAACAGAUAGCAUAUUAAGCGCAAUGAAGCAACAGAUCGCUCAUGGUGAUGCAGCUUCCAUGUUUUUCAAUCUAAUUUUACUCGGAUCCGUAUGUAGAGUCCCUGUUGGAUCUCUGGAACCGCAAAUAGCUCGAGAGGUAAUCGAAAUGGCCACGGAAAUGAUUAAAAAAUACCCGCAAGUAAAAUUAUUACAAAAUUGCAAUAAUAUUACAGGAGAUAAUAUACAAAUGGCCAUAGAAUUAACUUCUCAAGGUGUUCUCCCAUUGCAAGUGGGUACCUACGUUCUGGAAAUGGUUCACAGACGUCUCGAUUUGAAGUCGAAUCCGGCGAUUGAUUUUGAGAACAAUCAACAUCGUAGUAAUUUGAUUUUGAGACUUCUUGAGAUGUUCUUCGAGGGAAUAGACAAUGUAUAUUGGUGCAAGCAUUAUUCUCGUUGUCUACAAAUAUUUUUCCAAAGACAUUUCUCCACGAUUCAGGAUCUUAUCCGCUUUCUCUCUCAACUGUACAUAAAGCCUGUGAAGGUGCAAACGUCCUUUCAUUGCUUGAAGAUAACUCAAGUCUUGCUGAAUCAAUGCAAAUCUACUGAAUGGGCGUUCGAGGAUAAAGUCUUUGUCACGAAUUUGUUACUUUCGUUAGCCAGAGAGAACAAUGAAUGUCGAAUAGCGUCAUUAAAAGUACUCGAGAAGCUCAUAAGCAAGUGCUCAAGUGCUCAAGUGCUUAAUCGUUGCACAAUGGUGAAUCCUUUUCUAUCCUUACUGCAAGAACUUGUCAUCAGAAGCCCAGAAAUAUCUUUAGAUCCUGAUCAAUUGUCUUUAUCUCUUUACAUUCUAUUAUCACCUGAUCCAGAUGUAUGUAAACAAUUGAAGACUGAUCUUCGAAAGAGGCUACAAUAUGCGCAACAAAUGUUAUUCGAGAUAGUCAUGGACCAGCAAACUCCUUUACAUAUUAAAUCACAGUUGCUUGAUAUUCUAGUUUACGUGAAUGGGCCCACAAUACUUCAACAAUUAGUUCCUCUUGGAUUAAACCUUCUAGAAAUGCUGCAGGCUGAUUCCAAAAAUAAAUCUGCAGGAAAUUUGUUGAAAAACAUACUUCAGAGAUUCAACAGCGUAACAGUAAAGGCACUCACUGUUGAACAAGUGUGGAAAUUAUUCGAAGCUAGCAUAGAGGAGCACAAGAUCAAAGUAAUAACAGAAUCCGGAAAUCAACAUCCACCAAGUGUGAUUCUUCUAAAACAAAUAGGAAGUACCUUCUUCCAAAAAGCUGAAGAAGCGUCCAAUGUUCUUCAGAAGAAAAUUCUAGCUAAAUUAGUAGAUGUAGCCACUGAUUGUGAAAUAGGAAACAUUAUUUCUUCAACCAAUAGAGCAAUGAGAAAAAUUCAAGUGAACGCACAGCUCAUAGUCGACGAGCUACAGAUCAUGAAGGAUCUCAAGAAUGCUGAAUUAAACGACAGUAAAAUGAAAAAUAAAAGACGGAUCAGUCUCAUUCGUGCUCCUGACCCAACCAUCAUCAACAGAAGAGAAUGGAAACGUGGCGUGACUCUCUUAGAGUUCGUUCAACAAGCUGACAAUAUCGAACACGAGGAAUUACUCUACCCGAUCCUGUUUAAUUUGCUGAAGACGUGCCUCAGUUUCGAGGAACAAAGUCCUAUAGAAUAUACGAACCAAUUAUUACUAUCCACUAUUCAUCGAUUGACAGUGAAGAAAUUGCCUAUUCGUGAUGCUCAUUUACAAAUAGACCUAAUCACACAAUGUAUUAGAACUUCAAGGAAUCCCCAAACUCAUCAUCAUGCUCUAUUAGUUCUAGUAGAGUUAUUAAAAAUCGUCGAUGUGAGAUGUGCUCUAUACACUAUAAUGCCCAUUUUCACUUUCAUGGGAAGUUCUGUGGUACGCCAGGACGAUGCUUAUUCUAUUCAAAUAAUAUCCAAGACCAUCGAAACCGUGGUUCCUAUAAUAAACGCGGCUGAGAAUGAAACUCACGCUUGUGAAGUUCUAAGAACAUUUAUCGUUUCGUUACCCGAUAUUCCAGAACAUAGACGGAUUCCAUUAUUUGUAAAGUUAUUACAAUUAUUGGAUAAUCAUUUUCAUUUGUAUUACUUGUUGAGUUUUGAAAGUCACGUUAUGUCGAGAACUAUGCGUAUUACAAAUCAAAAGACACCUGGACAGAGAUUAGACUUUGCUCUACAGGUAUCUCAAGAAUUUCCACCCGCGAGACUUAUUCAGAUUUGCGUGAAAUUGGCUCAGUUUCUGAAGGAAUUGCCUGUAGAUGUAGAAGACGAAGAAGGCAGGAGAGCUGCGAUUUCGUUUAAAUAUAAACACAUUUUUGAUGUGAGUACUAGUAGUCCUAAACACUUGAGACAUUAUAAAUAUACUCUGGUCCAGUUUUUAAGUAAUCUGUUAUCGUCACCUCAUUUUAUUAAUAAAGUUGCCGAGUUCGAUUCUACCGAAGUGAAUAAUGUGAGACCAUAUUAUGAUCAACUGAUUGUCGAAUUAAUCAUACUAAUCCAAUGUACCUCGAAGAAUGCUGAUAAACAUCAAGGAAAGCCAAUUGCGAAAUAUUGGAAGGUUCUUUUACAUCAUUUAUAUGACGUGUUAGAUUUGGUGAAUAAUUUAUUGCCAAAUGGAAUAUUCUUGGUCAGUAUCCAGCGUCUGAUAGAACAUAAUUUACUGACAGUGAAGAGAAAAGCCUUGGAGCUUCUUAAUACGCGUCUUCAACAAAGAAAGUUCAAUGAAGAGGAUCAUGAAGAUUUGUUACAGUUGAUUGAAUCUUUGUCGAAGACAGUAUCAGUGAAAGUAAAGUCUGAAACGCAGGAACAGGAGAUUGUACAGCAAACUGUCUUGAUUACUAUAAAAUUAUUGGCGAAAUUGUUGGCUAGUGAUCAUCCCAUACUGUUCAAACCGAUUCUUGAGACGACCACUGAGCUGUUAGGUUCAAGAGAAGGACCAGUACUAGCCAGCGCUGCUCUUUGUGUCGCGGAAUUAUGCAGUUCUAUGCGCAUUCACGCGAUACAUUCAUUGAACAAAUUUGUACCGGCGAUCCUGCAUUUGUUAGAAGAUCACUGCCAUCAAGGUGUGCCGGAUGUAAUAGUCGUCAGUAUAGUAAGCGCGUUGCAAAAGAUCGUCGAAUCUGUAGGGAACUUCUUAUCUUUGUAUUUGGAUCAGUUACUGUUUGAAUUGGCGAGAUUAAACUCUCUGUACACUGAUACGGAACAUCAAAAGAUUGGCAUCGUAAUAUCACGAUUAAAUGCAACGACCCAGAAACUCUCCACGUGCAUACCUUCGCGAGUCCUGUUACCAGCAGUCAACAGGACAUAUAUGACGUUACUUGCAAAGAAAUUGUACCAACGUAUUCCGGCGCUGAUGAACGUGCUAGUAGAAUCAUUCAAUAGUGCUCAGCCUAACGACAUAAACGCAGUUAUACCAGAUUUAGGCACAUUCUUCUUGAAGGUUUUACAGUUUCGCGAAGAUAUUUCAAACUCGCCAGAUGACAUGGAAGUAGACGAAUCGGAAUUAACGCUGAAGGAUGUGGUGGUCGUAGAGGAAAGCGCCAGUAAAGCAUUGGUUUCUUUAGUACUGAAAUUAAGCGAGACUACCUUUAGACCACUUUAUUAUAAACUUUACGACUGGGCUGCUAGAAAUCCACAGUACAAGGAACGAAAUAUCACUUUCUACAGACUUUCAGCUAACAUAGCAGAGUGUCUAAAAUCACUUUUCGUUCUGUUUGCUGGUCACUUCAUCAAGCAUGCAGCGAUAUUGUUAAGUAGUAAUAAUCCAGCGAUCGUAGAGGAACCGCAGGAGAUGACUCUGCCUGAAGAGUCUAGCAAAAUCGAGUUAGUAGAAUCCAUUUUAUUGACCCUAUAUCGAGUCUUCAGUUACGACGCUCAUAAUUUCGUGAGCCAAGAGAGGUUCGAAAUACUGGCUCAACCAAUCGUGGAUCAGUUGGAGAAUACUUUGGGCUCCACAGAGGGCUAUGAGAAAAGAGCGAGUGAAUUAGUGGUGCCUUGUAUUGCUGCCUUCGCUAGUGCCAUUCCUGAUGACUCUUUGCACAAGCAAUUAGUGUACCAGACGUUGUUGAAAACAAGACAUACGAAACCACAUGUUAGAACCGCUGCACUGAAUGCGUUGGUUGAAAUUGUAAGGAAGCUUGGCGAAGAUUUCAUGCCACUCUUGCCAGAAACUAUACCCUUCUUGGCAGAAAUGUUGGAAGACGAAGACGAAACUACGGAGAAGUGUGCUCAAAAUGCAGUACGCACCUUGGAGGAGAUUUUAGGCGAGCCCUUACAAAAAUAUUUCUAAUUCCCAAUUUAAUUUUUUAAAUAAAUUUCCAAUUAAAUUUUAUAUAUUCUUGCAAUACAGAAUGUGA